AUGAACUCCAAGUACGCCGGCAAAGCCUACACGGAAACCACCGUGCACAAGUAUCACCGAAACCUCAUUGGAAUCGAGCAUCCCACUCGGUAUGGAGCUCCUCACACAAACACCGUGGUCUUCAUUGGGGGUCUGGGAGACGGAAUCACCACAGUUCCGUACGUCAAGCCUCUGGCAGAUGCUCUUGAUAAGGCCGGAUGGGGCGUUGUGGAGCUCUUGACCACUUCUUCCUUUGGAGGAUGGGGUACGGGGUCUCUGGAACGAGACGCCGAAGAGGUAGAGAAAGCCGUGGAGUAUCUCACCACCAAGCUGGAGGCUGGCGGGUUGCCCAACAAGCAGAAGGUUGUGCUGUUGGGCCACUCAACAGGCUGCCAGGACAUUAUGUACUACCUGACCAGAGGUAAGGAGCGAGCCAAGAUCGACGGAGCCAUUCUGCAGGCUGGAGUAUCCGAUCGAGACGCCACCGUGCUCAACAUUGGCGAGAAAAAGUGGAAGGAGACCGUCGCGGCGGCCCAGAAGCUUGUGGACGAAGGAAAGGGCGAUACCGUGCUGUCUGGCGAGUUUGCCGAGAUCAUGCACAACACCCCCAUUUCAGCAUCGCGAUUUGUGGCUCUCAACGCUCCUCGAGGCGACGACGACUUCUUUUCCAUUGAUCUGCCCGAUUCAGACCUCGAAAAGUCUUUUGGACAGAUCAAGGUGCCCCUGCUGUUCCUCAUGAGCGGAAGCGACGCAUUUGUGGACCCCAAGCAGGACAAGCAGAAGAUUGUUGACCGAUACGAGAGCUUUGUCAAGGGCGGAAACUGGUCCGAGCUGUCUGGUGUCAUUGACGGAGCUUCUCAUAAUGUUGGACGGGAUAGCAAGGAGGGAGCUGUUGAUGCUGUAGUGGAAAAGAUUGAGAGUUUCGUGAAAUCAAUCUAG